AUACUGGCGUGCUGUGUAGAAGGCGCGCGUGGGUGACCCGCUGUUUACAUUUCUCGAAGUUAUAGCUUUUCUACUGACUCUUUUUGUAUCAAUAAAUGAAAAUAUACCAGAAACUUCAAAAAUGUGGAUAUUGAGCCCCCUGGAGAAUGGAGGUGAAACCCACUAUAUUUUCUGUGGUAAAGAAUAUGUGGUGGGCCGCAAGAACUGUGCCAUCCUUCUUCCGAGUGACCAGUCCAUCAGCAGAGCUCAUGCUAACCUAACUGCAACUGACCAGACUCUCACUCUAAAAGACUCUUCCAAGUACGGCACGUUUGUCAGGAACCAGCGUGUGACAUCACCCGUGAACCUAACGCCGGGGGACGAAGUAACAUUUGGGGUUUUUCAUAGCAAAUUCAGAGUGAUCCAUCAGAAACUUGUGGUUUGUUCAUCAUGCUUGGACAAUGACGGGAAGGCAUCUCUAACUGAGGCGCUCUUGGCUUUGGGUGGGAAGCUGGUGAACUCGUGGAGUCUGGACUGCACCCACCUGGCCAUGCCCACUGUUAAAGUGACCAUUAAGACCAUCUCAGCUUUACUGUGUUGUUGUCCCAUCGUGAAGCCAGAGUUCUUCUCAGAGCUCAACAGUGCUGUCCAGCAAAAACGUCCGCCUCCUAAACCUGAGAGCUUCAAUCCUGAAAUCGACGAGCCCGUCUUGAGCGACGAGAAUGUUAAUCUUGGGGCGGUUUCAGCUCGUAAACAACUGUUCCGUGGAAAGACCUUCAUUUUCCUUAAUGCCAAACAGCUGAAGCGUCUAAGUGGAGCGGUGAGGUUUGGCGGUGGAAGCAGCCAGCUGCUGGAGGAGGGCGCGCUGCCCUGCAACCUGCUGCAGUCUCCAAACACCUGUGUGGUUGACAUUCUAACAGCCAGCUCCCAAAUUCUACUUCCAGCUUCCAUCACAGAGUGGGCAAACUCUGUAAAGAAUCUCCUUGCAAGGAAAGGCCUUAGAGUCAUCCCAGAAUCAGAAAUUGGUUUGGCUGCUAUCUAUGCUUCCUGUGAUCAGUACUGCAAUCCAUCCUGUCCAAUACUAGACUUGGAUUCAGCACCAAAAGUGACUCCCAGAAUCCCGAGCGCUUCGCUGUCGCAGAACAUAGCUGUGGAUGAGACCGUGCUCCCUGCAGCGUCGCAGAACAUUACAGCUUACGCUGUCAACACAGAACCCUCACAAAGGAAGGAGGUUUGUGAAAUGACAGGAGUGGGAGUGGCAGUGGAAGAAACUCAGGAGAAAAUCGAAUUCCAGAACAGCAGGCGGUUCUCUGGGUCCAAGCUUUCAGCUCACACAAAAACCCCUCAGUUUGUUGUUCCUGAAACGAUACCCUCGACUUUCAACAACACUGACUCUUUAAAGAAGACUCUGCAGUCCAGAGCAACAGAAGAAGGCCAUGCAGAUGUUAGACCUCCGCCAUCUGCAUCCAGGACCAGUGCUCAAUCCGUCCUCCAUAAACAAUCCCCCAGGAAACCAAAAACCUCUCCACAGACGUCUCCACAGAAACAGAUGACGCUGACCAACUUCUUUCAGUCCGUCAACAAAAAAAGACCUCUGGAGGACGAGCCCUCAGCUGUCACGCCAGAGCCAAAGCGGGCUGCAACGGAAACAUCCAUCGCCACGCAGGCCCAGAACUCCUCACCUCCAUUCACAGUCCCCAAAGCUCAGUCCCAGACUCCAGCUUUGCUGGACGUUCGCUCAGAGGCUUCUUCAGAGAAACCACAGAGCAGAAAGAGGAAGGAGAUGGAGAUAGAGCUGGAAGAGCUGGAGUCCAUUAUGUCUGAGGACAUGGACUUGUUCGAUGGUCAGAUUUCAACCAGUCGAGGCCAGCAAGAGGAGCCAAAUGUGCCCAAAGCCAGAAUUUCACCAAAAGAGAAGCAUGAUCUGCAGGCUGUGGAUCCUUCAAGCAAGCGCCAGCGGAUCCACCACCAACAAAACAAGAUGAACACACCACAGCUGCAGGGGGGUCUGGAAAAAGACCAUCAUUUGCAAAACAAGUACAGUGAACACAAUACUGUUUCUAAAACGUCAAAGAUGCUGACAGGAGGUCAGGAUUUGAAAAAACCUCCUGAAGCAUCUCCAUCCAGCACGACAGAAGAAAUGAAGCAUUUUGAAGAGGAUGAAGGAUCAUUCAUUGAGGAUGCUGAAUUACUGGAAAUCAAUGUUUGUCAAGAGAAAAAGGAGACCCCAGCUGAAAAACCCGUCCCCAUUAAGCAGGAGGCUCAAGAAUCUAAGAUCGAUGAGGAUCUUCCUAAGAAGCUGAUUUUGGUGGAGUUCAGAUCUCUGACAGUCUCAGCUCCCCCGAAAACCCAACCCAAACUGAUGCAGCAGAACGGCCAUGCCAAGAACUUCAAAUGUUUCCGAAAGAGGCAGGCUCCAGGUGUUGGCAGCAUCCCCAUCAUCGGAGGAUCCGAUUUGUUGGUUCAUAACCGGGGCAAGAACACUGAUCUGGAUGAAUGGCUGAGGGAUGCAGUGGAGGAGGAGCGUCAGAGCCGACGGGAUGAAUCGAUGGGAGAUGACUUGUUCAGGUACAACCCUACCAAGCUGAGCAGGCGAAGAUGACGGCCUUCGUCUUUCGUCUUAAAAGGCUUUCGGACCAACUAAAUGUCACUGAGAGGGGGACUAACACAGCGUGAGAGGCCUUUAAAGAAUAUGUCAUUUCUGUUGCUUAACAUUUUUUUUUUUUUUUUUAAGAUUUAAAAAAUGUUUUUUAGUCUGAAAUGAUGUCACUGACAGCUUGCGAUGUAACAAAACAAUCCCACGUUUAGAUAUUUUUUUUGCUUAAGUCUUUAUUAUUUAUCGUUAAUAAAAAAUAGACCAUACAAAAACAGUAAAAACUUCCAGCUCCUCAUGGUGAAAGCAGCACUUUUUUCCUCUUGGAGACUCACAGUAUGUUCCCUGGUUUCAGCAGAACUACAGAUUUGAGAGGGAUUCAAGUUUUUUGUUUUUGUUUUUUCUCUUCUCUUAAGUGACUGCCGGUGAGCCAACUUUCAGGCACUUUUCCACAUCUGAAACAGUUCACAUUACUAGUUGCCACUUUUCUAGCAGCGUUUUGAAGGCCGUUCCAUUGUAUUCACAUGUUUAGGAGUUAGCAUUCAGAAAGAUUUGUGCAGUAAGCAAAGGUGGCUUUAUUCUAAUGGGCUGCAGAGUGAUCGCUGUUUUCAAAUUUAACAUUAAACCAGAUCAAUAUUCAACUAACAGUCAAAUAAAAUGUAUUUUUAUCAAAGCAAUAUUCCACAGGUAUUUCUUGCAUUUCUACUAUAAGGUAUAGCAAAGACUGCAACAAAAAAAGUCAUCCUGAUAAAUUUGACCAGCCUAAGUUCCCUUGUAGUACUUUGACAUCCUCUGCUCAUAGCAGCUGUGUUAGGCUUAUGCCUACAUGCAUUUGAUAUUUAUAUCCAAACAAUAUUCAGUACAGAGUGGGAAGAGCAAGUCAAAUUAUGCUUAAUCCAUAAUAAUCUAUAAGUUAAAUUAAAGUUGACAAAACUCAAAACAAUACAGUUCUCAAAUGUUUGGUUAGUGGAAAUACUAAUAAGACCGCACAGCAUUUUUUUUUUAAAUAGUGCAGUAUCCAAAGCACAGACAUUUGGCAGAAAAACUGUCCCGUCACAGUAAACAAAGCAUAAGAUGUGUGUGAUGUGUGCAUCCUUCACAUGUAUGGCAAAUAUACUGUUCAAAUCCCUGCUUAAGAACUUCAGGAAGAAGAGGAGGAAAAAUGGAAAAUGAAGUCACCUGUGAAUGUUUGGCUUGACUGUAUCCUGAAGAAAAAUAAAGUUGUAUCCCUAUAAUAA